AGAAAUCAAAAAAAUUGACGCAUUCUGACACAGUCAAUCAUUUUAAUAAUUUUAUAAAAAAAAUUUAAAAAAAAAAUUCAAACAUAAAAAUGAAACAAUCGGCCUUAUUUAUCUGCGUGUUAAUACUACUUCUGAAAUCCAAGAACUCAGAACAACAUUUCAAACAAUAUUACGAUGAUAAUUCGUUGUCUUUACAGUCAGGAUACCAGCCACAAAUCAACGUCGGUCAAUUCGACUUAAAGACAGCUCUCGCUGUCACAAAAACAGUAACUUUUAUGAAUCUUCUAUCGUCCAGCCCGAAACUUAUGUGCCUUGUCCCGCCGUUUUUAAUUACUGAUUUUUUAACACAAUUAUCGUGUAACCCGGCCAUACUGAAUGCCCUACCUCAAGGUGUGUUAACGGGUUUCAUGACUUCGUUAUCAGCAAAUCCAACUCUUGUGAGUUCUAUACCAAAAAACGUAUUCGUAUCGAUUAGCAAAUCGUUGUCCGUUGGAGCGCCGGGAGCUAUCGCUACGGGAUCCGUCCUAGCUACCGGAACCGCGGGUGUUGUUGCCAGUCCGGCUCCGUCAACUUUGCCUGUAUCACCUGGAAUCGUGGCCACGGAUAAAGUCUCUGCUGCUGUGGUGCCAUCAUCUAUUCCGUCUCAACCACCUGCAAUCGCGGCAAGCGCCGAAGCUGCUGCUGCCAUAACUUCCCCUGGCGCAUCAUCAUUGCCCACACAAAGUGCGCCUGGUGUUUCCGUUAGUAAGGAAGUUUCCGCCGUAAUAACACCAGCCGCCCAGCCUCCGUUAGCUGGACCUGUAUCGCCUGCAACCGCGGUAACCGCCGAAGCUGCUACUGCCAUAACUUCCCCUGGCGCGUCAUCGCUACCCACACAAAGUGCGCCUGGUGUUUCCGUUAGUAAGGAAGUUUCUGCCGUAAUAACACCAGCCGCCCAGCCUCCGUUAGCUGGGCCUGUAUCGCCUGCAAUCGCGGUAACCGCCGAAGCUGCUGCUGCCAUAACUUCUCCUGGUGCGUCAUCGGUACCCACACAAAGUGCGCCUGGUGUUGUAGUUAAUAAGGAAGCUUCCGCUUUUAUAUCGUCACCUACUGGACCAGCGUCUACCGUCCCCGUUUUGCCGGCUGGCUUACCAACCACGACCAAUGGAAUAUCACAGACUCCAAACGCAUAUCCACCAGUAAGUGGACCUUCAGGACUAUCGGGUGUUCCGGAGCCAUGUAAUGACAUCCCAAUACCUCCAGUAACCCUACCGUUACCGAAUCCAGCAUCGCUGUCGAUAUUAUCAUCAUUUUUCAAUAAAGGAGCAGGUAACAGUAUAUUAGAAUCAAAAAUGGAAUCUAUAUUUAAAUUAUUAGCGAGUGGUAGCAUAAAGUUGCCGCAACUACAUGUACCUGUUCCAAAAAUAUCCACUAUGCCCACUGUUUCCGUAAAUAAACCGGAAGUAUCUAAAGUAUUUAUCCUUUUGCCAACUCCUUUUGAAGGAAAACCAAUUGAUGUCCAACCUAAUCAAUUUAAGAAACUUUAUUAUAAACCUGGAUCGUUAGAUCAAAUUCUUAAUAUUAUUCAUAAACGUCUACCAACUCUACCAACUCUACCAACUCUACCAACUCUACCACUCUACCAACUCUACCAACACUACCAGCUCCGCAACCACUUAGCUUGCCAAAACUACCGAUGCUAACAAAAAAACCUAUUAAUUGUCUUCCGCUAUUCUCAAAAGUUCCUUGUUAACAUUAUAUAACAUAAUAUAGCUCGAUUUAUUUUCCCCGAAAACACACAUCUCCAUUUGUAAUGUACCUAUUUAUUAUUUUUUGUAUUGUAUAAUUAUAUUAUUAUAAUUUAUUUACAAAUUAAUUAUUAUUGCUUUUUAUUUAUAUCACAUCGUUAUUAUGUAUUUAUAAUUUAGACUAUUGUGAUAAUAUAUGUAUAAUAUAAUAUACGAGUUAUGUUAUAAAACGAAUAAAAACCAUUUUUUAAUGUAUUUUCUAAUCAGCGGUUUUUUUACAAUAAUAUUAAUAAUAAUAAAAAUAAAACUAUGUUGAAUUAUUUCAUUAAACGUUGCAUAUAGAUAUA